GUACUAAGCAAAGAGUUAACCAGUUUGGAUGUAUGUACAUUCAGGUGUACAAUAUAGGAGCUCAGGUCAUUCCAUCAAUUGCAUGUCAUCAAAUUUUUAGAGUUUAAGUGUUUCUAAACAUUUAAUGAGAUCAGGUGGCAAAAAAAGUACAGUGAUUUGAGAAAUAAGUUCAGAAGUAUCCAGGGAAAAACUCGAGCAACUACUGAAAACUCUCAGGACUCGGGAUGCGAAGCGACGGCAGACGGCGUAGCUUCUUGGGUUCUACGAUGGUUCAGACCUUCAAUUAAGACCUUGCUCAAAUAGUCAAAUAAAUCAGUUGCAUUAUGAGAACUUCUUCACCUCUGCCCAGACUUUCUUCCCUGCUCUCCGACUACAGACUAGGGCGCUUGCCCGCCUUUUCUGCGCGCUCUCUGGGUUCUUCAGCGCUACACUUUCCCUUCCUCCUCAAGAUAACGUUUGCUAAUAUUCACCUAUUCCAUAUUUGCAGCAGUAAGUCAUUGUCAUUUCAUUCCUGAAUGAUCACCAAUUCACCAUUGUGAUCUCAAGUAAAAGUGGUAACUUUAUUUGAAUCUAGCCAUCUUGGAUUAAUAAAUGUAGUAACUGAGUGUGUGGAUGGAGCAUAACCAAGCCGGGAUUACCAUAUUGUACUUAUAAAUACUCUUAAUUUAUAAAAACCUAUCAUCUAGGCAACCUCUCCAGGAAUGGGUGGUUGGAAUUUAGGAUAAAACCUACCUUUAGUAUAGAAGUAAUGACGUUUUCAUUUGGAAAAUUUUCAGGUCUAAUUUGAUCUGCCUGUUUAAGUGUUACUUUAAGUGUGGUCUAAUUUUAUCUGGGGUGUAAAAGUAAGGAAUAUAUUAAAUACGAAGUAUCUAGUACGUAUUAUACUAUGAUCGAAAUUUAGUAGAUUAUGAUUUAUUUAAGUCCAGAAUGAGACUAGGACAGGUCCAAGUGUAAAAAUCAUAAACCCAGAAGAGCUGAAUUUCCUUUUUGAGGUUCUUGUUAGUUUUAAGUGUCAUCAUUUUCAUUUUUCAUUUUCAUUUACCCCACUGCCGCAAAGGCUCCCACCUAAGGUGGGGUAAGGGGGUCGGAUGUACGCAGUCUUACCCCUAUACUUAAGCAGGGAGAGACUGUUUCCGGAUGACCCAUAGUGAAAAUGGCGUCCAAAAUUGCAUGGACUGACUGCUUCAUGACAAAGAAGCGCAGACAUUGUAGUGAGCCAUUUUGCUUUAUUCCAUCAUAGUUUCAAACCAAAAAAAUGAAUCUUUGGCCCCAUUGCAAAUGACGGAAAAGUUAGUUUUAAGUGUGAAAUUGUUAAUUUUUGUUAGUUGAUUACUUUUGUGUUUGGUUAUGGUGAGUGAAGGAACGAGUCAAAGUUUCAGUGGCUAAGCAAAACUAAAGCAUUAUCAGAUGUCAAAAUUUACAUGGAGGAUUGAAAAUUUCUCGCGGCUGGGUGGUCGUAAACAUUACUCUGUGAUUUUCGUGGUAAAUGACUACAAAUGGAAGUUGCGUCUUUGUCCAAAUGGAAACUCAAAAAAUAAGUUGAAUCUGUACCUCUUAAUGGUGGACUCCUCCAGCUUACCCAGGCACUGUGGUAUAGGAACAAUAUACAGUCUAGCUCUUAUUAACCAGAUUGACAACAACAAAACCAUCAAGAAAGAGAGCUAUUGGGGACACAUAUUCAGUCGACGUAAUAAUUUUGGCUGUUGUUCAUUUAUCCCUCUCAAAAAGUUUUAUGAUAAAAGCGAAGGUUAUCUGGUUGAUGAUACAUGCUUGUUUGAAGCUGAACUUUCUGUUAUCACCAAUGCUUUUGCAGCUUCCCACGAUAAUUGUGAUCAGGCUUUAAAUGUUGGAGAUCAUGUUGAAUCUGCACAUGUCGAGGCUCGGUUGUUUCUCGAGUCUCUUACCAAUAAACCAUCCAGCAGCUUCUGGGAAUCUAAUUCUCCAACACAUGAAUUGUCCUUGCUUAAAGGACAUGACACUUCUGCAACAAUAAUCUUUGACAUGCUGAUAUCAACCCCUUUGGAUAUUUUGGUUGAUCCCAGGAAUGAAACUGCAAUCUUGGAGUCUUUGUCUGCAGUCAUCAACCACAACCUUCAUUUGUUCAGCGAUGGACAGGCCAAAGAAAUUAUGAACUUGAAAACUACUUUCCCUCAGCUGAUGCAAGAAUGUAGAAGCUCAGUAGAAAUUAAGCGCAGAAGCGAGCAUCCCAGCUGGUCUACGUUAGAGAAGACAAGAAGUUUGCUGGAAGACUUCGUGAAAACAGGGGAGGGAAUAAGGGCUGAAGUGGAGGAGCUUAAUAACAAAAAAAAGGAAAUGGAAGCUCAGCUGAAGGUUAUUAAAAGCAAUAGUUUACAUGUAAAGGAGGAAAGAAUAGAAGUAUCCAGACAGAUGGAGUUUCAUUGCUCACUUGCUAUGGAGCAGGCCGCUGAAAUUGUAGCCAAAGAUGCCAAGGUGAACCAGGCUAACAAAAAGCUGGAGCACAGUUUGAAGUCAAAAUGGGCUGCAACAAGAGAUCUAUUUUCUUGAGUGACAUAGUGACAUAAGUCAAGGAAUUUGUUUUGAUAUCCUUUUGUUAGAGCGCUUUUGUUGAAAACAUGAAAUCAGUUUUCCCUAAGAAGCAAUAUGGGACUAAGUUUUACUACUUUUAAAACUAGAUUAGUUUGAUUGAGCAACAAAGAAGUGGUGAACACUAGACACCAUAGGGAAUGAAGAAGAAAAUAUUGGUUGUUCGAGCAAAUUUGACAUUUUGUCUAUUGUUGGUGUUCACUUAAAUCUUGGAAUGAUAGUUUUUUGUUAUCAAAU